UUCUGUACCGCGGGACGUUCUAGGCCGCGACUAAAUAAAGGGAUCGUCUCGAAUGAAUGGGCAGGUGGAAGGAACAGAGCAAGCUAGAGCUCUACGACCAAGACGAGACAACACUAGUAUUAACACGACUGACCGUGCAUCAUAAUAAUGGACAGUCAUAAUGGUCAUUAAUCCAUGUCUAACUUAAUGCUACUGACCAUUACUAUCGACGACUGGUCAUCGUACUGAGAGUUGACCAUCGAAGCGAAACCCUGCACCAAAAGACGUGAUGUGUAUAUGCAUCUAGCUGUCCAGUAUAUAGCUCGCCCUCCAUCCACCGUGGUUCAGUGUAUAUGUCUUGUAUACGUGCGUUAGCUGUGUGAGAGACUGCAUGCAUGUGCUGCAAUCAUAGGAAGGCAACAUGGCGGUGUUCUUGAUGACGUCAUGCGUGGUGCUUGGUAUAUUCAUCAUGCAUCUGCGCAGUAUCCGGGUCCCAAAGGGACUGUCAGAACCUGGGAAAUUUCGUCUUCUCAUGGCAUCUCUGUUCAUACCCAAAUUCUUUGAGAAUCUUUAUGUCCUUUAUCACCAAGGCAACAUUUUCGCUCGUAUCAGAGCCAGACGAUUCAUAAUCGAAAACCUCGAACCUAAACCAUUGGAGACGGUCAAGGGGUCAAACAUCAGGUCAAAGGUCACAUACUUUGAUGGGGUCAAAGUUCGUGUGUAUGAACCAAUCAUGCGAAAGGAAGGUCUGCAGCCGGGUGUUAUUUUCAUUCACGGCGGUGGCAUGGCAACGGGGUCACCGGACUCGUACGAUGGUCUAACGCGCACCAUGGCAGAGCGACUCGACAUUUUCCUCGUCUCCAUAGACUAUCGGUUGGCCCCUGAGUAUCCUUUCCCUUCUGGUUUCAAUGACAAUCUACGUGCCACCACAUGGCUUCUCAAGAACGCUCACAUCUUCGACCUUGACGCUCGACGGGUAGCCAUCACAGGAGACAGUGCCGGUGGGAACUUUGCUGCUGGGGUCUCCCAAGCCAUUCACGAUGACGUCACCCUCCCGAACCUCAAGCUCCAGGUCCUGCUCUACCCUGGUCUUCAGCAGCUGGACUUUCACUCGCAUUCUUACCAGAAGUACGAGGCAGAGUUUGGAAACGGCGGCGCGUUGACCCGGGAGAGGGUAAGCGAUUUCAUCUCGUUGUACCUGCACGGGAAGAUUGACCCUGCGAUGGUUCACCGCUCCGUGCACAAUCACCACGUCUCACAGGAUCUCCUAGACACCUCGCCCGUCUUCAAAUACGUCGAUCGAGAUCAUAUUCCGAAGGAGAUGCGGGUUUCUGAAAAGCACACCAAACAGCGGGAGGAGAUGGAGCGCCGCUCCGGAUCGGACGAGGUCUGGAACCAUGUUCAAGAGUAUUAUCUCGACCCGCGUUUCGCACCUAUCGUUCGAGAAGAUCUGGGAGGCUUACCUCAUGCAAUGAUAACAACAUGUGGGUUUGAUUGUCUCAGAGACGAUGGGGUGCAUUACGCAAGGAGGUUGAGUGAUGCUGGGGUCGGAGUACACUAUAAGGAUUAUGAAUCGGCUUUCCAUGGUGUCAUAUGGGCAACCAAAAAUGUGCAAUUUGAAGUCGGCAAGGAAAUGCUGAGUGACGUUAUUGAUUUUAUCAAAGAAAAUAUAUGAAAUAUGUAUUUACAUGAACAAAUAUAUGAAGAUUAACCACAGUAAUCUAUAACUAAAGGCAUAUACCUAUUGACCAUGAAGCGUCAUUUGCCUUCAUGCGUCAGCAGCUGAUGCCUUUAAUAACGCGCCGUGUGAAGGUUGCUUCGUACCAAAAA